AUGGUUAAAACAGGUAAUGCUAAAAUCGUAGUAAGAAGGGAAGAGAUUUCCAAAAAAGGUCAUCCAAUGGUUAUCUCCAGUGGGAUGCAGUUGAUGGACAGCAUGAAGCAAGUCUACCAGAUUGUGAAACCCCUCAACCCCAACUUCUGUUUCCUCCAGUGCACCAGCGCAUACCCACUUGAGGCCGAGGAUGUCAACCUACAGAUCAUCUUGGAAUAUCGGAAGUUCUUUCCUGACAUUCCCAUAGGGUAUUCUGGACAUGAAGCAGGCAUCAUGAUAUCUGUGGCUACAGUGGCUCUAGGGGUCAAGGUGUUAGAACGUCACAUCACUUUGGACAUGACCUGGAAAGGGAGUGACCACUCGGCCUUGCUGGAUUCAGAAGAGCUGGCUGAGUUGGUGUGGUCUGUGUGCCUUGUGGAGAAGGCCUUGGGCUCCCCGACUAAGCAGCUGCUGGCCUGUGAGAUCACCUGCAACCAGAAGCUUGGUAAGUCUGUGGUGGCCAAAGUGAAAAUUCCAGAAGGCACCGUUUUAACACUAGACAUGCUCACUGAGAAGGUGGGUGAGCCAAACGGCUAUCCCCUUGAAGACAUCUUCAAGCUGAUAGGCAAGAAGGUUCUAGUCAUGGAAGGAUCUGUAGAAAAUCAAGGCAAACCAAAUUGA